UAGAACGUCACGCAAUAACGUUUUAUAAAUAUUAAAAUACACUUUCAAGUAUUAUCAAAAACUUUUAAAAUGUGAUCAAAUAAUAUUCUAGUUAGCAUGCAUAUUUAAAAGUCGUUAGAAACUACAAAUCGGUUGAGAAAGAACAAUAUCUAGAUUUUCCAAACUUCAAGGAUUUCAAAUAUGGUAUUGGCGAGUCGAAUAUUGUACGUCUGUGUGUGUCUCUUUGGUCUAAUGUACUGCUGCAGAGGAAGAACGGCAAAACGUUCUGAUGUUUACAUUGCUGGUUUCUUUCCUUACGGUGAUGGAGUUGAAAAUUCCAAUACAGGAAGGGGUGUGAUGCCUAGCGUUAAAUUGGCACUUUCUCACGUGAAUGAGCAUCCGACCAUUUUGACUAACUAUCGACUGCAUAUGUGGUGGAACGAUACGGAGUGCAAUGCCGCAGUCGGUGUAAAAUCAUUUUUCGACAUGAUGCACUCAGGCCCAAAUAAGUUGAUGUUAUUUGGCGCCGCAUGUACGCACGUUACAGAUCCGAUAGCUAAGGCCAGUAAGCAUUGGCACCUUACACAACUGUCAUAUGCCGAUACACAUCCCAUGUUUACGAAGGAUGCAUUUCCAAAUUUCUUUCGCGUUGUACCAUCGGAAAAUGCAUUUAACGCGCCACGUCUGGCCUUAUUGAAAGAGUUCAAUUGGACGCGCGUCGGCACUUUGUACCAAAAUGAGCCACGAUACUCUUUGCCACAUAAUCACAUGGUCGCUGAUUUGGACUCGAUGCAGCUGGAAGUUGUUGAAACGCAAAGCUUCGUUAAUGAUGUAAAUGAACCACUGAAAAAAUUACGAGAAAAAGACGUCCGCAUUAUUCUUGGUAAUUUUAAUGAGCAAUACGCCCGCAAAGUAUUUUGUGAAGCAUACAGAUUGGAAAUGUAUGGUCGUGCCUAUCAGUGGCUUAUAAUGGCCACCUAUUCAACUGAGUGGUGGAAUGCGACACUCGACACUGAUUGCACGGUAGAGGAGAUUUCGACUGCUUUAGAGGGUACAAUACUCGUUGAUUUGUUGCCUUUAUCUACGAGUGGUGACAUAACCAUUGCUGGAAUAACUGCCGAUGAGUAUCUUUCGGAAUAUGAUAGCUUGCGAGGCACCGAAUACUCCCGGUUUCAUGGCUACACAUAUGAUGGAAUAUGGGCUGCUGCACUCGCUAUUCAAUAUGUUGCACAAAAGCGAGAAGACUUUCUUACACAUUUUGAUUAUCGUGUAAAGGAUUGGGAGCUUGUGUUUUUAGAAGCACUGAGGAAUACCUCAUUCGAAGGAGUUACGGGUCCUGUGCGAUUUUACAACAACGAACGUAAAGCCAACAUUCUUAUUACUCAGUUUCAACUGGGACAGGCAGAAAAAAUUGGGGAGUAUCAUUCACAAUUGAGUCAUUUGGAUUUAACUCUAGGAAAGCCAGUGAGAUGGGUCGGAAGAACUCCACCAAAGGACCGUACUUUAAUAUACAUUGAGCACAGCCAGGUUAAUUUAACCAUUUACAUUGUAUCCGCUAGUGCAUCUGUGGUUGGCAUCAUUGUAGCCUGUGUUUUCUUAGCGUUCAAUAUAAAAUACCGUAAUCAAAGAUAUAUAAAAAUGUCCAGUCCCCACCUUAAUAACCUGAUUAUAAUCGGAUGUAUGCUCACAUAUAUGAGUGUUAUAUUUUUGGGUUUGGACACUACAUUGAGCAGUGUGGCGGCUUUUCCUUACAUAUGUACAGCACGAGCUUGGAUAUUAAUGGCAGGAUUCAGUUUAGCAUUUGGAGCGAUGUUUUCUAAAACUUGGCGUGUACAUUCCAUUUUCACUGAUCUAAAGCUAAACAAGAAAGUUAUAAAAGACUAUCAAUUGUUUAUGGUAGUGGGCAUAUUAUUGGCAAUUGACAUUGCCAUUAUAUCGACUUGGCAAAUAGCUGAUCCUUUUUAUCGAGAUACGAAGCAGUUGGAACCCAGGCAUCAUGAGUCAAUGGACGAUAUUUUGGUCAUACCUGAAAAUGAAUACUGCCAAUCAGAGCAUAUGACGAUAUUUGUUAGUAUAAUUUAUGCUUAUAAAGGACUACUUUUGGUAUUUGGUGCCUUUCUUGCCUGGGAGACACGUCAUGUUUCUAUACCGGCUUUGAACGAUUCGAAACACAUUGGAUUCUCUGUUUACAAUGUCUUCAUCACUUGUAUUGCUGGCGCUGCUAUAUCUUUGGUGCUCUCCGAUCGCAAGGAUUUAGUUUUUGUCUUACUCUCGUUUUUUAUAAUUUUUUGUACGACAGCAACUUUAUGUUUGGUGUUCGUACCGAAAGUAAGACUGGUAUUAGUUGAACUAAAGCGCAAUCCUCAAGGUGUUGUUGAUAAGCGUGUACGCGCUACCUUGCGACCGAUGUCAAAGAAUCGUCGUGAUUCUUCAGUGUGUGAGUUGGAGCAACGUCUACGUGAUGUGAAAAACACAAAUUGUCGUUUUCGAAAAAUUCUUAUGGAAAAAGAAAAUGAACUGCAAGGACUCAUACGAAAAUUGGGUCCUGAGGCUCGCAAGUGGAUUGAUGGUGUCACAUGUACUGGUAAUAUAGGUACGGAGUCUGAACCAAUACUCAAUGAUACAUCUAGAUUGUCAGCGCCCCCAGUUCGACGUGAAAUGCCCAGCACGACAGAAGUCACCGAGUUGACAUCGGUGGAUAGCGUGACCUCUACACAUGUAGAAUUGGACAGUUCCAUGGUGUCUGUGCAGUCAACUACAAUCGCGCCAUCUUUACCACCUAAAAAGAAAUCCAUUAAACCCGCUAAUCAAAUUCAGGAUGGGAUGGUGCAUGUUGCUGGUGCCAUGGCUGGGGUACAACCACUACAGAAACAAACUCAAAUUCCAUCAAUGCAACCGAUACAGCAACAGUUGCAACAACAACUGCAACAGCAAAAGCCACCAUUGCAAGCAAUCAAACAUGAUGACCUUAAUUACCGGCGGCCAACGGUAGAAAAACGCAACUCUGUUUCAGCACAAACCGAUCCGAUUCCCGGUCUGAAGAAGCAGGAUUGCAACAACGUAAAGCGUUGCGAAGACUCACAGCUGCGAGAUCGUCGGCAAUCGGUGGCGUCCAAGCACCACGACAAUGGCAGUCAAACACCUACAGCCUAUCCGAAGAAUGCACACAACCAUAGGAACUCGUCAACGAAUAUUUCUACUUCAAAUAAUGAUCUAAACAGCAUGUGCCCUCAUGUCCCCCAUACGAAAAGCAAUAACAUAGUUAAAACACCAACAACAUCGGACGGCCGGAGAGGAAUCAAUGCAAUGAAAUCUAACUUUGUGGUAUCCCAAAGUGAUUUAUGGGACACCCAUACACUUUCCCAUGCCAAGCAACAUUCUCGUCAAUCACCACGUAACUACGCAAGCCCCCAACGGUGCUCAGAACAUAGUCAUAUAAUUCCUUAUAACCAAAGUACAUCACCCAUUCAACGAUCGGUUUCGGAAAAGAAUCGCAAUAAACAUCGGCAUAAACCACAGAAAGGGACUGUAUGUCAAAGCGAGACUGACAGCGAACGUGAACGCGAGCCAACGCCUCCAAGUACGCAGUGCAUUCAACAGCGGAAGCUAAACAAAAUGAGCAGCAUACAAUAUGCUGCACAUCAUCACUCGUCGCCGAAUGUAGCACCAGAAAAGCAACGUAAGCAUCGAAAUAAAAAUGAGUCCUCAAUUUAUGGUGCAAGUUCCGAGACCGAAUUGCUGGAUGGUGAAACGGCAAUAUUGCCUAUAUUCCGAAAAUUGCUCACUGAAAAGAGUCCCAAUUACCGUGGUCGAAACGUUGUGGGACAGAGUUGUCCAAACAUAUCCAUUAAAUGCGAUAUUGUAGAAUACCUAUAGAGUAAAUUGGUUUUACUAACCGAAACAGAUUUUCAAUGAAAAGCCCCCCUUAAUAAAUACAAUUUGACCCGGCUGAGUCCAAGUAAAUAAGAGUGGGUUUUUAAAAAAUUUCACAAGAAACUAAACAUACCAUAAAUAUAUAGCUUCUAUGUUUAAUAGUAAUAUUAAAUUAAAGCAAACUUACAUUUAACCUUUUAAUCAAAUAAA